UCUGAAUUAUCGACAUUUGUUUGCACACCGUUCUUGAUUCUAAAAAAUAAUGAUUUAAUAUUAUUUUUCCUAUUAAACAAAAUGAUUAAAUAUUUAGUACCUUCCAGUGGAACUGGAGAAUUUUUCAAACGUUCUGCAAAAAUAAUCCGUUUUGCACGAUUCGGAUGUACAAAUCGGCCCUUCUUCCACAUAGUAGUUACAGAGAGGCGUAGAGAUCAACAUCAACCAGUUAUUGAACAAGUUGGUACAUAUGAUCCACUUGUAAAUCAGUAUAAUGAAAAAUUAGUAUCAUUAAAUUUUGAACGAAUACGGCAUUGGAUUGGGCAAGGUGCUCAUAUUUCACCUCCGGUUGCUGAACUUUUAGGAUUAUCUGGAUUUUAUCCGAUACAUCCGCGAACAUAUAUGACAGCUUGGAGAAAUCGUAAACAGAAGAAAGCAGAAACGGAAUCUAGCACCGAAUCUAAGAAGGAAUAAAUGCAAAGAUUAUGUUUUUUGUGACUGUUAAUCGUUUUAAGAGUAAUCUUAAAACUUCGUUUUUUUUUGUAAAUAUUUUCACAAAGUUUUUAAUUUUUCUGUG